ACCGGGAGGAGGAGGAACCCAGCCCCCCUGCAAAAGGGCUUUUCCUUUUCUCCUCUCCAGCAAGAAGCAUUUGCAUUGCAGGGACUCGCAGUUACUAGCUUCUUAGGGGAACGGCCAUAGCUCAGCAGUAAAAUGUUUGCUUUGCAUGCAAAAGGUCCAAGGUUCACUGCCAGGCAGGCGGGAGCCCCGUCUGAAAUCCCGGGAUUCGCUGCUAGUCGAGUGAAACCUACUUCCACCUGUGCAGGAUUUUGGCAAGAGGACUGAUGAUUAUACAAAGAGUUGUGUUGAGCUCACGCCCUGGUGUCAAUGGAGAGCCAGUUGCAGGAAACUUUCGUACAGAGGAAGCUACCCUACCGGAUAAAAUUGCUGAGGGUCAAGUCAAAGUUUGUACGCUUUAUCUGUCUGUUGACCCUUAUAUGCGAUGUCGUAUGAAUGAAAACUCUGGUUCUGAGUACCUCCAGUCCUGGAAGUUGUCUGAAGUCACUGAUGGUGGGGGAAUUGGUUCGGUGGAGGAAAGCAAAGAUGCCCGUUUCGCUGCAGGAGACUUUGUAACUUCCUUCAACUGGCCCUGGCAGACGAAGGCCAUUCUGGAUGGGAAGCAGCUUGAGAAGAUUGAUCCGCAGCUUGUAGACGGUCAUCUUUCCCAUUUUCUGGGUGCAGCUGGCUUGACUGGGCUGACAUCUUUGCUAGGAAUAAGGGAGAAAGGACAUGUGUCUCCAGGUGCCAAUCAAACUAUGGUGGUCAGUGGGGCUGCUGGUGCCUGUGGUUCAUUGGCUGGGCAGAUAGGUUCCCUGGAGGGCUGUUCCAGAGUGGUUGGUAUCUGUGGCACCGAUGAAAAAUGCUCCAUUCUGGUGUCAGAAAUGGGGUUUGAUGCGGCUAUCAACUAUAAGAAAGAGGAUGUGGCACAACGGCUGCACGAGCUCUGCCCGGCGGGAGUGGAUGUGUACUUUGACAAUGUUGGUGGAGACAUCAGUGAUACAGUGAUCAGUCAAAUGAAUCUAAAUAGCCAUAUCAUUUUAUGUGGCCAGAUCUCCCAGUACAACAAGGAUGUACCUUACCCCCCUCCUCUGCCUCCUGCAAUAGAAGAAAUAAGGAAAGUGCGAAAUAUCACAAGGGAAAGAUUUCUCGUUCUGAACUAUGUGGAGAAAUUUGCAGCUAGUACUAUGCAGCUCUGCCAAUGGAUCAAAGAGGGAAAACUGAAGGCUAAAGAGACUGUAGUAAAAGGCUUAGAAAACAUUGGAGCUGCUUUCCAGUCUAUGAUGAGCGGGGGCAACAUUGGGAAACAAAUAGUGCUUGUUUCUGAGUAAAUAAGUCAUCGUACUGUUUCCUGAGUGUCAACUAUGAAGAAAAAGCAUCUUUUAUUUGCAAAAGUUUGGCAUGAUAAUCUCCUUGGAUAGGUUCUCCCAUUGCAUAACCAGAAACAGAUUUCUAGUUUCGUAUUCUCAUUUAAUAGCUGACAUUCUUAUCUCACUGUUGUGACACUAACAGAAGGCAAGUCCAAGUUUUGAUUCCAGGUCCCCUUAUCUGAUGUUCCAUGUGUAUUUCUGUACACAUUGCCUUAAGACAGGAAUUUUGUAAAAGUAAGAAUAUUAUCUGUGCUGCCCUUGAAUCUCAAGUGUCUGAAUACUACUAUUUAGCAAUAAUUGUGCCACACUGUUAUAGUAUACCUCGGUUGCUACUAGAUAUGAGAGGACAAAGAUAAAUGCUUCUGAUACUACAGCUGUUAAAGCUGAUUUUUUUAAAAAAAGUUCUAACUGGGCUUCUUGAUUAAUGUGAUCAACUGUCCUUCUAGGUACAGUAACCUGAUUCCUUCAGUUCUUCAUAAUCCUGCCCAAACCAGAGUAUACAUAUUUAUAUUUAUUGUAUGCAACAAAAGAAAUCAAAUUUUGUAAGAACAGGCCACACCACAAAUUUUAUUAUCACAUUGUAUGUAUUUGGGUUAAAGAUAGGGGAAAGUGUGUGGCUAGGAGCAUAAGAGUUGUGUAGUGUUAUAGCUAAUGCAAUGAAUUUGGGUGGUGCCUGGUUUGAGUCUUGAAGCUGUCAUGAUCUUGCUAGGUAAGCUCAGCUUCACCUGUCCCCAUCUACAAUGUGAAGGAUAAUAAUACUGACUUACCUUACAGGUUUGUUGUAAGACUUAUGAGAUUUUAUAUAUGAAAUGCUUUGAACACACAAGAGCUACAUAAAUGUUAAUUACCAGCACUGCAAUUAAGGUAUGUGUUCAUCUACUUGCUCAGUGAUGAAACUCCUCAGCAGCUGAUUAGUGGGAUAGGAGAGCUGGGGGGGGGGGGAAUUCACAUCUGGCAAUCAAUGCCCCCCUUUGGUUUCAGAUAGUACAUGGGUAGACGAGUCUAAGAAGUCCGGGACACAAUUUUCAUAACUCUCUCGCAUCUAUGGUGGCUCAUUUACCAGAAGGAAUGUAUUUAGCAUUAAGUCUUGGAAGUGUAUACCUGAUUCCGCCAGAUGUGAAAUCUGUUGACAUUAUUUUCAGCUCUCCUAUCCCACUAGAUCUCUUACAGCACUAUUGGAGUACACUACUACGUAACCCUAAACUCAUGCAUCUGAAUCAAUUACACCAUUUCUAAACUGGAAUUGGUAGCUGGUGCAUCAUGACUCUGUGCCUAAUCAUACCGAAGGAAGCCCAUGUUUCUCCUGUGAGAUAGAUCUCUCUUAUAUUCAAAAGAAAACUGGCAAACAGAAGCCAUUACUUACAACUCCAAGAAUGGGUUUAAUAUGCCUUAGGAUGCGGGUAGCACUGUGGUGUAAACCACUGAGCCUAGGGCUUGCUGAUCAGAAGAUCGGCGGUUUGAAUCCCCGCAACAGGGUGAACUCCCGUUGUUCAGUCCCAGCUCCUGCCAACCUAGCAGUUCAAAAGCAUGUCAAAGUGCAAGUAGAAAAAUAGGUACCGCUCCGGCAAGAAGCUAAACAGUGUUUCCAUGCGCUGCUCUGGUUCGCCAGAAGCAGCUUAGUCAUGCUGGCCACAUGACCCGGAAGCUGUCUGCGGACAAACACCGGCUCCAUCGGCCUAUAGAGAGAGAUGAGCAUGCAACCCCAGAGUCGUCCACGACUGGACCCUAAUGGUCAGGGGUACCUUUACCUUUACCUUUAGGUUUCUUCUAUGGGUAUUAAUACUGUGCCAAAGUAUAUAUAAAUGUAACCGGAAUACAGCUGUGCAAUUUAGUAUCUACUAUGGGGCUCAUCUUUCGGUGGGAUAGGACUUACCUUUCUUGGUGUAUUCCUGGAUGAGCUUGUUAGGAAUUUUGUAUUAUGGUUUUAAAUUUUCUGCUUUUCAACGUUGUCUGUAUUCUAUUUUGCAUAGUUCUGGGACUUUUUUUGGUAGAAAUCAACUAACAUAAUAAAUUGUAAUAAAAUAA